CCCGUCCCGCAUCCCGCCGCCAUGGAGGAGCCGGGGGCCGCCGCGCCGCCGCCCGGGCCGCGCUCCCUCCUGCCCCCCCGGGACUUCCUCUGCUCCCGCAAGGGCCAGCUCCUCACCGCAGAGUCGGUGCUGUCAUUUAUCAUCUUUAUCUGCUACAUCGCAUCUCUAGCUUCCUCUUUCAUGAUGGCACCACUCCUAGAGUUUCUGCUGGCGCUCUUUCUUUUCUUUGCCUAUACCUUCAAGCUUAACGAGAAGUUCAAAGGACUCUACUGGCCUUUGUCGGAUUUCUUGCGGUGUGUCACUGCUGCCAUUAUUUACUUUGCCAUUUCAAUUGCUGCCGUCUCAAGAUACGGCGACGGAGCAUCUAAAGCAGGAGGGGUGUUUGGAUUUAUAGCCACGAUAGUGUACGCCAUUGAUUUCUACAUAACCUUCAAUGAGCUGGUUACUUUUCUCAAGCAAGGCAGUCCAGAUUCCCCUGAGGAGCGCAAGUCAGAAGACGAGGACUCCGAUUCCGACGAGGACUGAAGAACCAGAAGCCAACCAAGCACGAAGGGAAGACAAUGGACCACUUUUCUCCUUGCUGGGUGGACUGCCAAUUGAAACAUCUCCCUUUGUCCAGCCCUGGCAUCCUCUUCCCACCGCACCUUUCAUGGAACCACCAAAGCACAGGCAGGGCAGUGAUGAGGGAAAGGAGACAAUUCCUGGUGCCAUUAGACAUUCCUUCACAACUACGGAUUUUACAACCUGCCGGAGAGGUCUGUAUCCAAAGAGCACAUCUCAGUUCUCCAGUGCCUCUCCUUACUCAGCACCACAAUGUACUGGGUAAACGGGAACACAGUAUUUUAAACGUAUAAGCAGAGCUUUUAAUAUGCUUUCUUAAUUCCAAAUCUCUAACACUUAUAGCUUUUAUACUUCUUGCUGUACCAAAGAAGAGAGGCUCAGAGUGCCUCUAUUUUAUUUCUAUUUUUCUUGAUUAACUAACAAUAUUUCUUUAUCUGAAUUCUGAAUAUUCCACUAUCUGGAGCACUGAAGGCAUAGAUUAUAGUCAACAUGUUGGUUUCAACAAACACAUCUCCAUCUCCUGCCUGUCUGCAACAAGGACAACCAACAACUGGAAAUGGGCAGCAAGAACAAACCUCCAAAUAUAAUUGUGCCCCGGGGCAGCUGGCUCAUCAAACAUUGCAUCAUCACUUUUUUAAGCUGCCUGGA